UUGCCCUGUUUUUUUCCUUUUUGGAUUGGGGUUUCGUCACUGUGUGUUUAUGAAUUGUGUUAAUGUGCACUGUGUGUAGCAUUCUCUCUGCUAGAGGUUGCAUUUUUUGUUAUUGUUUCUGCACAUGAGUUUCUAUGCUUAUCUUUUUCAAAUUUCAUUUUCUGUAAUAGGAUUAGUGAAGCUGCUGGUUGCACAAAUUGACAUCAUUUUCUAAAUUAAUGAAUGAGUCAAUUAGUAAACCUAGUGGGGAUGUUGAUGUCCAUGACAAAGACGAUAAUGUAACCGAAUUUAUUAGAGUAAAUAUUAUUAGUAAAAUUACAAUAUUGUUUUUUGCUUUUACAAAACUAUGUACCUGACGCAGAAUUCCUUGUCUAAAACUAUGACAAUGGAGAAGGCAGAUUGAAAGCCGAAUGCAUACAUGGUUUGUCUUCCGACAUUGAAGACACAGUUUCUCUCGAAGAAGCACCAAUGCCUCUUUCUCCUAAACUUGUGUGGUUCCAUGGAACAAUUCCAUCAAAUACAGGCACAAAUCCACCUCUCUGGUCUCUACCAAGACACACACACUCUCUCAGAACUCGUCUACUUUUGCUCCCUCUCUCCCUCCAAGAACCUCCGCCACGCUCGGGCACUUGUGCACCAUGCUGUCACCCCAUCACCCAUUUCUUGGAACAUCCUCAUCCGAGGCUACGCCGCGAGCGAUUCCCCCCUUGAAGCUUUUUGGGUAUUUCAGAAAAUGCGAGAACGUGGUGCCAUGCCUAACAAACUCACCUUCCCUUUCCUCAUUAAGUCUUGUGCUGCAGCUACUGCACUUGGUGAAGGGAAGCAGGUUCAUGCGGACGCUUUUAAGUGUGGUUUGGACUCUGACGUGUACGUUGGUAACAAUUUGAUUAAUUUCUAUGGGUGUUGUAAGAGGAUUGUGGAUGCAAGAAAGGUGUUUGAUGAAAUGCCGGAGAGAACAGUUGUUUCUUGGAACUCGGUCAUCACUGCGUGUGUUGAGAGUCUUUGGUUGGAUGAGGGGAUUGAGUAUUUUUUCAGGAUGUGGGGUUGUGGGUUUGAGCCUGAUGAGACUUCCAUGGUGUUGUUAUUAUCUGCUUGUGCUGAGUUGGGGUACUUGAGUUUGGGAAGAUGGGCUCAUUCUCAGUUGGUUUUGAGAGGGAUGGUUCUGAGUGUUCAAUUGGGUACUGCUCUUGUUGACAUGUAUGGGAAGUCUGGGGCUUUGGGCUAUGCAAGGUUUGUUUUUGAGAGAAUGGAAAAGAGGAAUGUGUGGACAUGGAGUGCAAUGAUAUUGGGGUUGGCUCAACACGGGUUUGCUGAGGAAGCCCUUGCGCUGUUUGCAAUGAUGCGUAUCAAUAACAAUCAUGAUAUAUGCCCAAAUUAUGUGACCUAUCUCGGGGUUCUUUGUGCUUGUAGCCAUGCUGGGAUGGUAGAUGAGGGUUGCCAGUAUUUUCAUGACAUGGAAUGUGUGCAUGGGAUCAAGCCCCUGAUGAUGCAUUAUGGAGUCAUGGUUGAUGUAUUGGGUCGUGCUGGUCGUCUUGAAGAAGCUUAUUGGUUUAUACAGAUGAUGCCUAUUGAGCCUGAUCCGGUUGUGUGGAGGACAUUGCUAAGUGCAUGCGCUAUACAUGAUGUGCAUGACCAUGCUGGGAUUGGAGAAAGAGUGAGAAAGAGGUUACUUAGGAUGGAGCCAAGGAGGGGAGGGAAUUUGGUUAUUGUUGCUAACAUGUACGCUGAAGUGGGUAUGUGGGAGAAAGCAACAAAUGUGAGGAGGGUGAUGAGAAAUGGAGGAAUGAAGAAAUUGGCUGGGGAGAGUUGUGUGGACUUAGGUGGCUCCAUGCAUAGGUUCUUCGCGGGCUAUGAUCCUUGCCCAGAUUUGAUGUCCGUUUAUCAUCUACUCGAUGGAUUGAACUUGCACUUGAAAAUGGUUAACUGAUACUUGCUAUAGUAGUUGCUUUCAAUGAAUUCUGCUUGGUGGAUAUUGAAAUUAGAAAAACACCCAUAGCAAACCCGUGAAGCAUUCAUUAUCACCAAAGUUUUCCUUCAUUUCUUGGUUCCAGUCCAAAGGGCAAGUUGGGGCCACCAGCAGGAUUAUUAAUUGGUGUCCUCAAGAGUAGAGAACCAAGCAGAAUCAAAGGAAAGGCCAAAUUUCCCAACAAGUCAAGUAGUGCAGGCCACCAACUAACUUCCAAGGGAUAAGCAGCAAAAUCAACAUUUUUAUCUUUCAUUUUCCUGAUCAAGUCCUGAGGCAAACCAGGAACCUUGAGUAAGAGAUUCUGUUUGAUGUGGAAGCAGCUGGGCUCUCAGGCUCAGCUCUUGUGGAUUGAGCAACAGAAAGCCCAGCCAAUGCUGGGCCCAACCCAAUAACAGCUGAGGAUAAAAGCUUCCUCUUGCUGAUGACUUUGUUAUCUAACAAAGAUUGUUUGCAUGAUUUCUGGCUGUGGCUGGCUUUUGUGAGGUGAGGAUCCUUGGAAGGGUCUUGAGGCUUGUGGAACAAAGUGGGGGCGACUGACAAACAUAGUGCAGGAGACAUUUUUUUAACUCUAAAUGCUCGCCAAUCUGUUGAUUGGGUAUUUACUAUUUAGUGAUGAAGUGUUACUGCAAGUGUGUGAUGGUAAUGCACCUUUCUUCAGUGGCUUGAUUAGUAUGCAAAAAUUGAUUCGGAGGGAAGAAGUAGAGUUUGCUUAAAAAGGAGAGGGAAAUGGAACCUUCGGGUACCUUAAUUUGAACUUCGUUUGAUUAAGUUUUUUUUUUUCACUUGUCCAGUUUUUUUGUUCAGGAAGGAUCUACUAUGUUCAUGUAUCUUUGGCUACUUCUUUUGUCCUUUCUUUGCCUGUUUAGAAGUGGUAAGAUUGAUGGAUAGGAUUGUCCAUGGAAAAAAGCGAAGGGAGAAGAUGGUUGUGGAAGAUAUCAACAAAAUUUCCUGCGUAAGUCACAACACAACCACACACUUGGAAGAACCGGAAUUGGUAGCGUUGAUUGAUUGGACUUCUUAUACACCAAAAUCAUCUCAUGUGAAUCCCAGGUUCAAAUGUUGCCACC